GAUUUAGCGAUAAAAUACUAAAUCGAAUAGCAGAGACAUAUCCCAAUAUUAAGUAUCUCAAUUUGCAAAAGGAUGAGUAUAUAUCCUGUAAUAUGAGCAUAAUAACUAGUGAAGGCUCCAGCAACUCAACCUUAGCUUUUGUAAAAUUACCAAAUAUAACUAUCGAAGCAAUUGCUAGUUCGUGUAUUAAUUUAAAGUAUCUCAAAUUGGAAGAGUAUGAUAAUGUUAGCAAAGAAGCCAUAGAUCAGCUGGUUUUCUCACUUAGUCCAAAUAUUCAUGUUGAGAAUUUCAUGUGUACUAUAACACCAGCCUCCUUUAGUGUAUAUCCCAGAAUGUAUCAUCUGUCGAGAAGACUGAGAAUGAUAGUUGAUACAUCAAGAGAUGUUAAGACCAUAUAUAAAUAUGUUAAAAAUGAACUAAUGAGGAGAAGGGACAUUAUUAGAUCAAGCAUUAAGGUUCUGCAAACGAUCUGA